AUGGGCCCCUGUACCGCCUCCUCAUGCUGCUGCCAGGCCGUAAUCUGCCAUGGGCCCCCGUUCCGACUCCUCAUGCUGCUGCCAGGCCCGUAAUCUGUCAUGGGCCCCUGUACCGCCUCCUCAUGCUGCUGCCAGGUCCAGAGUGUGUCUAUGGGUCCCCUGUACGGCCUCCCAUUGCUGCUGUCUCUAUCGCCACACUCUGCCAUGUGCCACUUUCAGGUCUCCUCACACUGCUGGUGGGUUUCCAUUUUGUCAUUGGGUGCUGUAUGGCCUCCCAUUGCUGCUGCCUCCACCGCCACACUGUGGCUCACGCACAACUCUGGUUUUGGACCCAGUGACUGCCCACUAUGAGUGAAGUGUAGCGGUGAUUCUAAGAUCGACGGCACUAUCUGCAUGUCAUUACUGACUGAACAGUAUAUUAUUUCUCUUCCCCAGCAGACUCCAAGGGCAUUUAAAUUAAAGGUACAGUGUUCUGCCACUAAUAUAA